UACAGUGUGUCAUGUGGAAGCUGAAGACUUGCUCUCCCCCUCUGCCAGCUAGCUGCCGGUCCCUUCACUGGUUCCCUUUGCUUCUUAAGGAGAGGAAAGCUGCGGAAGAACCAGGCACUGGGGUUGGCUCUUGCUAAGCUCUUGUGAUUGCAAAGAAGGAGGAGUGUGGAGCAGCAGCAGCAGCAGCAACAGCAGCUUCAGACCAUUAAAAGCAAGGAGACACCAGAGGUUUGUGCCAGGCUGCUGCUUACCCUGAGACAUUCAAGCUAGAGAAGAGGUCAUCUUCACUGCAGGGGGGGAUGCAGGGUAAGAAGACCAGGGGCUCCAGUGGAAGGACUGCUGAUGUUCAAGGAGAUGAGGCUCAGGGGAAGAAGAAGAAAAAGAAGGCAUCUUGCUUCUUAAACAUCAAGAUCUUCCUAGUGUCUGAAUGUGCCCUGAUGCUGGCACAGGGCACUGUAGGAGCUUACCUGGUUAGUGUCCUGACAACUCUGGAACGAAGGUUUAACCUGCAGAGCACUGAUGUAGGAGUGAUUGCCAGCAGCUUUGAGAUUGGGAACUUGGCUCUUAUAUUAUUUGUUAGUUACUUUGGAGCCAGAGGGCACCGACCUCGCUUAAUUGGAUGUGGAGGAAUAAUUAUGGCCUUGGGGGCAUUUCUUUCCGCUCUGCCUGAAUUUCUGACACACCAAUACGAAUACGAAUCAGGUGAGAUUCGAUGGGGAGCAGAAGGAAGAGAUUUUUGCACAGCUAAUGGUUCCUCCAGUGGAGAUGUUCCUGAUCCGGAUAUAAUAUGCAGGAAUACUGCUACUACCAACAUGAUGUACUUACUUCUUAUUGGAGCACAGGUCCUUUUGGGAAUUGGUGCUACUCCUGUGCAACCCCUUGGAGUAUCAUACAUUGACGACCAUGUGAGGCGAAAAGAUUCUUCCCUAUAUAUAGGUAUCCUGUUCACCAUGCUGGUAUUCGGACCAGCCUGCGGCUUUAUCCUAGGGUCCUUCUGUACCAAGAUUUAUGUUGAUGCUUUACUUGCCGAUACCAGUAAGCUGGAAAUAACUCCGGAAGAUCCAAGGUGGAUUGGCGCAUGGUGGGCUGGUUUUCUGCUCUGUGGUGCCUUACUGUUCUUCUCUUCUCUUCUGAUGUUUGGAUUUCCUCAGUCUCUCUCUACUUUCAAGGAUAACUCUGAUGAGAGUGAGCAAACUAUGCUACCCGACCUAGAAUACGAGAGACCGAAACCAAGCAAUGGUGUGCUGAGGCAUUCUUCUGAGUCAGGAGAAGGAACAUCCUGCUUUGAACAGCUCAAAGUCAUUCCAAAAGUAACUAAGCACCUAUUAUCCAACCCUGUGUUCACCUGCAUCGUUCUCGCAGCUUGCAUGGAGAUAGCUGUGGUAGCAGGCUUUGCAGCAUUCCUGGGUAAAUAUCUAGAACAACAGUUCAACCUGACAACCUCAUCUGCCAAUCAACUGCUAGGAAUGACUGCAAUACCUUGUGCAUGCUUGGGCAUUUUUCUCGGUGGACUUCUUGUGAAGAAACUAAGUCUGUCUGCACUGGGAGCAAUUAGAAUGGCAAUGCUUGUUAACCUGGUUUCCACUGCUUGCUACGUUUCCUUUCUCUUCUUGGGCUGUGACACGGGUCCAGUAGCCGGAGUGACUGUUCCCUAUGGAAACUUCUCUUCUACAGGGCCCUCUACUGAUCACACCCCUCCCUGCAAUGCUGGCUGUGAAUGUCAGAAUGACUCCUUCUCCCCGGUAUGUGGUGCUGAUGGAAUCACCUACAUGUCUGCUUGCUUUGCUGGCUGCACAAAAGCAAAUUUCACUGGCUGUUUAUGUGUUACAUCUGUCCCCGUGGAGAAUAAUACUGUGAUUCCUGGAAAAUGUCCCAGCCCUGGAUGUCAGGAAGCGUUUCUCACAUUCCUAUGUGUAAUGUGUGUUUGCAGCAUGAUUGGAGCAAUGGCCCAAACUCCAUCUGUUAUCAUCCUGAUCAGGGCUGUAAGUCCGGAACUGAAGUCAUAUGCACUAGGUGUCCUGUUUCUUCUUUUGCGUUUGAUCGGAUUUAUACCUCCACCACUCAUCUUUGGAGCUGGGAUUGACUCUACCUGUCUGUUUUGGAGCACAUUUUGCGGAGAGCAGGGAGCCUGUGCUCUGUAUGACAAUGUUGCCUAUAGAUAUCUUUAUGUCAGCAUUGCUAUAACACUGAAGUCCUUAGCGUUCAUCCUUUAUACCACCACAUGGCAAUGCCUGAGGAAAAACUAUAAGAGAUACAUCAAAAAUCACGAGGGAGGGCUCACUACAAGUGAAUUUUUUGCAUCAACGCUGACCUUAGAUAACCUCGGCCGAGACUCUAUCUCUCAAAAUAAAACUAACAGGACAAAAUUCAUCUAUAACCUGGAAGACCAUGAGUGGUGUGAAAAUAUGGAGUCUGUUUUAUAGUAAAAGAUGGGUGGACUAACUCUAUGUGUUGUCCACACAAGAUAUUCUUUAUUUUUUAAAUGAAAGCAAAUAUAUAUAUAAAUAUAAUUUCUUUUGCAUUGGACAUUGGAUGGGACUUGGUUUAUUUGCCAUUAGAAUGGUAUAUGGAAGGAAAGCAAACAGAGAUCCAGCUGUUUGUUCUCAGGCCUUCAGCAUCUGAUCUUCUAGCAUGUUGGAUACUGCAACAAGUCCCUUAUGGCUUGUCUAAUGGAGAGCCCAGCAGGCUCACAAAAGCGGCUCAUAAACUAAGCAAAUCUGGCAAGAUUCUAGCCUUGAAUUUAAUGGCAUCAUGCAUUGCUGCGUUUGAUUGAUACAAGUGCAAACCAUUUGCUGGAUGAUGGCUGACAGCACCCUAUAAAUACUCUUCAAGAUCAUCUCUCUCAUUGCUGUGAAUGGCAAACAGGCUCCGGCUUUAAUAAAUCCUAAUCAAUGUAAUGACUUUCAAGACAUUAAGAGAGCAAUCAAAAAUCCAUGUUUUGGCUUUUUUUUUUUUUCUUCACCAGCUCAUUGACUGAAAUGUUGCCCUGUACUGUCACCGAAACGUGUAUCCCAUUAAUCACGGUUCAUAGACCCCUGUUCAGUAGAGCAUGAUUCCGGCCUUCCUUUGUCUGAGUGAAUUUAAGAAUUGUUGCAGUGAACAGAGAAAAAUCCUCAAAUGA